AUGUUUGUUCAGAGUUAUCAAAAAGUAUUGAAUGUAAAUAAUGAAAGAGUGUUAUUAAAUAUUAUUGAUACAGCAGGUCAAGAAGAUUAUCAGAUUAGAGAUCAACACUUUAGAUCAGGAGAUGGUUUUUUAUUAGUGUUUGAUGUCACUUCAAAAAAGAGUUUUGAAGAAAUUCCAAGUUUCUAUGAAAAUAUCCUUAAAAGUAAAGAAGGAUCUGAAUAUCCUGUAGUUUUAUGCGGAAAUAAGUGUGACUUACCAGCUAGUUCAAGAACUGUGACAGAGGUCGAAGCUAAGAAAUUAUGUGAAACCAAUGGAUGGAUGUAUUUUGAUACUUCUGCAAAGCAAGGAUUGAAUAUACAAAAAUCAUUUGAGACUCUUUGUAAAAUGAUUAUUGAUUUUAACACUGAAGAUACAGACACAGGCGGUGGAAAUCAGAAAGAAGAAGAAAAACCAAAGAAAAAAGGAUUUCUUUCCAAACUCUUCAAAAAGAAGUAA